UUCCUGUAUGGACACAUGCUCUGUUUAAUUUAUCAUACUACUGAUGCAAUAUACUUGUAAUUUAACAUUUUAUACAAUAUAUCAAUACACUACUCCAAGCCUGUCAGUAAGAGGCACUGCUGCUGAUUGCAAAACCACCACUGAAUAGUGAAGAGAAAAAUGGCUCAGCAUGUACCAGACAAUAUCAACUUUCCAUUCGAAGAAGAAAAAAUUCAAGAAUUCUGGAAAAAGAUUGAUGCCUUUAAAACAUCACUAAAACUUUCCAAGGGGAAACCACGUUACUCCUUUUAUGAUGGACCACCAUUUGCCACAGGAUUGCCUCACUAUGGCCACAUACUGGCAGGAACCAUCAAGGACGUUGUCACUCGGUGGGCACAUCAGAGUGGCUUUCAUGUGGAGCGGCGCUUUGGCUGGGAUUGUCACGGCCUUCCAGUGGAGUAUGAAAUAGACAAGACUCUGGGUAUCCGUGGACCCGAGGAUGUGGCUAAAAUGGGCAUCGAAGCUUACAACCAAGAGUGCAGGAAAAUCGUCAUGAGAUAUUCUAAAGAAUGGGAGGAAAUAAUCUGCCGUCUGGGUCGGUGGAUUGACUUUGAGAAUGACUACAAGACGAUGUAUCCAUCGUUCAUGGAGACCAUCUGGUGGGUGUUUAAACAGCUUUACUGCAAGGGCCUCGUCUACAAGGGAUACAAGGUGAUGCCGUUUUCCACGGCCUGCAACACGCCACUGUCGAACUUCGAAUCCGGACAGAAUUACAAAGAAGUCGUCGAUCCAGCAGUGAUUGUUAGUUUCCCACUAGAGGAGGAUGCAGAUGUGUCCAUGAUUGCUUGGACAACCACCCCCUGGACCCUCCCUAGCAACUUGUCCCUUUGUGUCAACCCUAGUAUGACUUACGUCAAGGUGAAAGAUAACAAUACAAACCGUGUUUACAUAAUGAUGGAAGAUCGACUCAGUGCUCUGUUCCAGAAAGAGGAGGAAUACACUAUUCUCGACAAGUUCAAGGGAAAAACACUGGAGGGCAAACACUAUAAACCCUUGUUCCCCUACUUUAAACAUCUGCGAGAGAAAACUGGUGCGUUCCGUAUUCUCACAGACAAUUACGUGACAUCUGAGAGUGGUACGGGCGUGGUUCACCAGGCACCGUACUUCGGAGAGGACGAUCAGCGUGUGUGUCUGGCUAACAAGAUCAUCACCAAGGAUAUGGACAUGGUUUGUCCGGUCGACGCCAGCGGGCGGUUCACAGCUGAGGUGACACACUUCAGUGGGAAGUACGUUAAGGAUGCUGAUAAAGAAAUCACAAAGAAACUGAAGUCAGACGGACGACUGGUCCACCAAGGGACAACAAAACAUAGCUAUCCUUUCUGUUGGAGAUCCGAGACCCCACUGAUAUACAAGGCUGUACCAAGCUGGUUUGUCCGAGUGGAACAGGCAACACACUUACUGCUGGAGCAAAACCAGAAAACAUACUGGGUUCCUGAGUUUGUCAAAGAGAAGCGGUUUGCCAACUGGCUGCGUGAUGCUCGUGACUGGGCGAUAUCUCGAAACCGAUAUUGGGGGACGCCCAUUCCUCUGUGGAUCAGCGAUGAUGGGGAGGAGAUUGUUUGUGUAGGAUCUAUUGAAGAACUGCAGACCUUGACAGGAGAGAAAAUAACUGAUCUGCACAGAGAAAGCAUUGACAAGCUAACCAUUCCCUCCAAGAUGGGGAAGGGUGAUCUGCGACGUAUCAGCGAGGUGUUUGACUGCUGGUUUGAGAGUGGAAGUAUGCCGUAUGCACAGAACCACUAUCCGUUUGAGAAGAAGAAAGAGUUUGAUGACAGUUUCCCUGCAGAUUUCAUUGCCGAGGGCAUUGACCAAACACGUGGAUGGUUUUACACAUUGCUUGUUCUCUCUACACUGCUGUUUGGAAAACCACCAUUCAAGAAUCUUGUAGCAAAUGGGCUGGUGUUAGCUGCAGAUGGUCAGAAGAUGAGCAAGAGGAAGAAGAACUACCCUGACCCGAUGGAAAUCGUCCACAAGUAUGGAGCUGAUGCUCUCAGACUUUACUUGGUAAACUCACCGUCGGUGAGAGCAGAGAACUUGAAGUUCAAGGAAGAUGGAGUAUAUGAUGUGUUGAAGGAUGUUUUUCUGCCGUGGUUUAACGCGUACCGAUUCCUCAUGCAGAAUGUCGAACGACUGGAGCGGGAGAAUGGUGUGAAAUUUGCCUACAGUGACACCAAGAUGGAAACGUCGGAGAAUUACAUGGACCGUUGGAUUCUCUCAUUUUCACAGUCGUUGAUCAAGUUUGUGAAAAAAGAAAUGGCAGCUUACCAUCUGUACACGGUUGUUCCAAGAUUGGUGAAAUUUGUCGACCAGCUCACAAACUGGUAUGUGCGUAUGAACAGAAAGAGACUGAAGGGUGAUGGCGGCCCAUCCGACUGCCUCCAAGCUCUGGAAUCUCUCUUCAGUGUUAUUUUCAACAUGAUAAAAGUUAUGUCUCCUUUCACUCCACACCUGACUGAGUACAUGUACCAGAACAUGCGCAACUUGCUGGAGCCGGUGUCUGGCGAGAAGAGCGACACUCGCAGCGUGCAUUUCCUCAUGCUGCCUCACCCCAGGGAGUCUCUGAUUGAUGUGAAAAUUGAGAAUGCUGUGUCUGUGAUGCAGACAGUGAUUGAAUUGGGUCGUGUUGUUAGGGACAGAAAGACGUUACCACUAAAGUAUCCGCUGAAGGAAGUGGUGGUCAUUCACCAAGACCCCAGGGCCCUGGAGGACGUCAGAUCUCUGAAGAAAUACAUACUGGAAGAGCUGAAUGUGCGUGAGUUGACGACGACGACGGACAAGGAGAAGUAUGGCAUCCACCUGAAGGCUGAACCGGAUCACAAAGUACUCGGCGUCAAGCUCAAAGGAGACUUCAAGCCGACGAUGGCCGCCAUCCAGGCGUUGACGGACGCGCAGCUGGUGGCGUUCAAGAAGACCGGAGAGAUCGUGGUGUGUGGACACACGCUGCUACCUGAAGACCUGCGACUCAUGUACACCUUCCAGGGAAAGAGAGACCAGGAUGCCAGCCAGUACGAGGCCCACUCAGAGGGAGAGCUGCUUAUUUUGCUGGAUGUGACCCCAGACCAGUUGAUGUUGGAUGAAGGAAUAGCCCGCGAGGUUAUCAAUCGCAUACAGAAACUACGAAAAAAGGCAGCACUGGUUCCGUCACAUGACAUAACGGCGUACUACAAGGCCUCUCCCGAUCUGUCUCGCAUCAUCGACGAGUUCACAGAGUUUAUCUGUAGCACCAUCAAACAGCCUCUUUCCAGAUACCCCGUGAGGCCACACAGUAAAGUGAUCAUACAAGAAAAUAUGAUGGUGAAAGCCAACAGUUUUGAGUGUACCAUUGUUGAGGGUCACGGCGUGAACGCUGCUGGGUCUGAACUCUCACCUCAGCUGGCCUCAGUACCAGUGAAAGGUGGCAUUACGCCGAAGUGCAAGUUUGUCAACGUGGAGCUGUGUGGCACGAAACCGCAGGAGGGAGUGAGUGGAGUGUGCGCCACCAUUCUUCUUGAGAACCCAGCUGGGCGGUGUGCCGUAACCAUGCAAGAUCUACGACACCAGGCGACUGCAGUGUUUGGACUGAGAGGUCUGAGUAUGCAACUGUUCCUUGAUGCAGACCUCACACGGGAAGUUAAACCUAACGACAAGCCCAUUGAUUACGCCACACAAACAUUUUUCCUCGCCCCAAACAACAUAGACGUCCAUCAAUGUCAGGGUCAGUGCAGCGACCUCAGGUCACCGGUGUGUCACUUCGUAAAUGUAGAACUGGUGAGGAAAACAGCUAAAGGAGAAGUCAAGGGGACACUACUGUUGGAGAACCCUUGUGGUGAUAGGUUUACUACAGACCAACUUACAGAGCAGGUGAAGACCGUUUUUGACUUGAACAGCUCCACACCAGUCCUCAGCAGAACGAAGUCCGUCGAGGAUGAAAUACACGUUUCCAACAUCACGAGUUUACACUCGGAAACACUAUAUGCUAUAGUUAAUUAGAAACUUCACAAAUGCUGUGCACUUCUUAUGAUGACACAACAAAAUACGAGUACCUCAUACAAGAAUAGCCACGAGAACAGCCAAUUGUGGCAAGACAAGCAUUACAAUUUUAUCGGUUGCAAUGCAAUCGGCUGUUCUUAUAAGAGAAACUUAUAUUGUGUGGCAUCACUUUUAGUCUGGAUUUAAUGAAGUAUUUUUAAUAAAGAAAAUAUAUUUUCUUGCUGCAUUUCCAAUAAGUGUUUUCAAGAGUUUUGGAGAUUCUUUGCUAUCAAGUCAGUAUGUUCUUCUUGACUGAUAUAUACAAAUUGGUGAUGUGAGCAAAUAGCUGUUUAUAUAUGUAUUAAAAUACAGUACCCAGUGAUAUUAAUCUUAGCAAGCAGCUGGACAGAAACUGACUGUUCGUAUGGAUCAGAACUAAAAAAAAAAACUGUCCAGACUAAAUAAAUAUGUUUGUGGUGUGUUUCAGCCUGUUUGAAAACUAUUUAAAUACACACAAUUAUAUAUUUUUCUAAUUUGUUUUUGACAGUACUGGGCCCAUGCUUAUAAAACUUUUAGAGUCCAGACUCUGUCUCUAAUGAUGUCUUUCUCACAUACAAUUUGUAUGGCAUUGCCAUGACGUUAGUCUCAGACUCUGUUCAUGUGCGCAUCAGUUACCAAAUGAGGACUUGACAAAAAUGUAGUUUUAGUGAGUUUGAGCCAGGUGUUGUCCAAAUGGCAGCAUUAAGGUCGUCAUGUAAUAAACAUAUUUCAGUGUAUAUAGUUGAUAAAUAUUUCAAAUUAUAUUAUAUUAGAAAGUGAGCAUUCACACAUGUUUUUGACAGUACUGAUCUUAACUUUGAUUAAUUGGGCAUUGGGAGUUUUUAGUUUUAUUUCCCAGUUAGUUGUGAGGUUAAUAUCACAAAUGCUAUGUAAAUUUGUGCAGUAGAUUCAAGUUCCAUCAAUGUAAACUUUGUGUAUUUAACUUUCAUAAUAUGUCUGAUAUGAUGUUAAAUCCCAUUUUGUUUUAUUGUCUUUAGUACCAUCUAAUAUUAUUAUAAAUAAUUUUAGAGACAGUCUAAUAAGUUGAAAAACUUGUGUCCAAUCAAUUUCUUUAGUUUUUUUCUCAGUACAAUAAAAUAGGUUUUAGUCGGUCAUUACGAACGAAAUUAAUGUUUUAAGAACUGAACGAUCUUAGUUAUUGAAAACUAUCCCCUCAAUGUGCAUUAAUAUAAUAGACUAAUACUUAAUUUAAUUUUUAGAAAAUUUACAUUAUGAUAAUUUAUGUGAUUAUAUUGUAGAAAAAUGUUUCAUUGUUUUUUAAAUGUAAAGAUUUGCAGCUUGUAGUCAUGACUUUGUAAUAAUGGCUUCUUGAAAUUGCAUAGAGAUACAGCUUUAAGUUUUAAGUAAUUUUCCUGUUAAUUUUUCAGCUUAUUUAUUUCCCUGAUGGAAGCAAUAAACAUUCUGUUAUUCA